UAUGCCCUUCAGAGAGAGAGACAGAGUGCACAAAGGCCAUACAGGGAAAGGAACAAAGAUCGGCAGCAGCUGGAAAGAGAGAGAGACUCCAUAUUCUAAACCAGGGAAGGACUGUAACGCUGCGCUCUAAAACACCUCUGGCGAAACUCUUCCUCUUCUUCUGAUAAGAAAGCAGACCCCCCAAAUCGCCUUGAGGUCGUGCAGUGCUGGCAGGAGCCCAAGUCGAUUCAGCGCCAAUUGACUUUUACAAUGUCAUCAGUGGAAUAUUUCACCUACGAAGGAAUGCCGUUCCCAGCUACGAUUUUUUCAGAGGAAACUUUUAAUCAUGUGGAAAAGGAGUUCCAAAUUCUGGAUGAUGAUGUAAUUAACCUCACUUACCCCAAAUCAGGCACCCAUUGGAUGGCAGAGAUUUUGGCCUUGAUCUCGAAAGAAGGGGACCCUACAUGGACUCAGAAUGUGGUACUGUGGGACCGGUCUCCUUGGAUUGAUACCACUGAUGGCUUGAAGAAAGCCUUGGAAAGUCCUCCACCUCGGCUCUUGAAUAUUCAUGUUCCAUUUCGGCUUUUCCCAAAGUCCUUUCUGCAAAGCAAAGCCAAGGUUAUUUAUACCUUGCGUAAUCCUAAAGAUGUGCUAGUCUCAUACUACCAUUUUUCUGUGGCCAUGAAAAUACUGAAGGACCCUGGAACCUUGCAAGAGUUCAUGGAGGAGUUCCUCAGCGGGAAUGUGCCUUUUGGUUCCUGGUUUGACCAUGUGAAGGGCUGGAUGGAACUGAAAGACAAGCCCAACUUUUUCUUCAUCACCUACGAAGAACUGCAGCAAGACCCGAAAGGCUGCGUGGAAAAGAUCUGCCACUUCCUUGGAAAAGAGCUCAAUAGGCAGCAAAUUGACUCUGUGGUGAAGUAUUCCUCUUUCAAGAAGAUGAAGGAGAACAAGAUGUCCAAUUAUUCCCAGGCAGAUGAUACAUUAAUGGACCACAAGAAAGGGCAGUUCAUGAGGAAAGGGAUCUCGGGGGACUGGAAGAACCACCUGACCGUGGCACAAAAUGAGCAUUUUGACCGUGUUUAUCAGGAGAAGAUGCAGGGAAUGAGUAUUACCUUCCCGUGGGACUGAAGAAUGCCAGAUUGUCAUUUUGUUCUGAAUCCUCCCAAUAACCAAGAAACCAGGCCCUGUUAAUGAGGAAUCCUGAGUUCUUUGGAUAUAUGCAGCAAUAGCAUGAUCCGUACAGAACCUAGUAAAGUGUACCCAAAUUUGAGAGUUGGAAAUCGGCCCAGAGAGCUGAGGGAUAUAGGCAAACUUCUCAUGUGUCCGGAGAUGUACAGAGUUUAAACAGAAUUCCUUUUCAAGGUAUUGUCUUUCACGAUGCUCACAGUACCACCAUUCUUAUUCUUUCACAGAGUACAGCAGCUCUUAGUAAGUCAACCAAAGCUCCAUCUUUUCCAGUCCUCUUCUAAUGGAGAGCUUCUUCAGGCAAGACCCAGGAGCCUUCCAACUGUGCCAGUUGAGCCUGGAAUUCAUCACGUUACUGUACAUGUUCAUCAAGGACACGAUUCCAGAUUAUGAUUAUACUGUGCAAUAAGUCAAUAUAUGAGACCUGUAGUGUGCUACCCUCCCCACUAGAAACUGAGGUUGCAGAGAAAACAUAAAAUAAAAUCAGAAAAAAAAGUA